CACUGAUAGGUGGCACUGAUUGGCAGCACUGAUAGGUGGCACUGACUGGCAUUAAUAGGUGGCACCGACUGGCACUGAGAGGUGACACCGAAAGGCAGCUCAGAUGGGCACUGAUAUGUGGCAUUGAUGUGCACUGGUAGGCACUGAUAUGUGGCAUUGAUGUGGCACUGAUGGGCACUGACAGGUGGCACUUCUGGGGCCACACUGAUCAUCAGGGCACACUGAUCAUCAGAGAGAAAUGCCGAUCACUGGCAUUGCCCUAUUUACAUGCGAUCAGCUGUGAUUGGACACAGCUAAUCACAUGACUGAGCCGACA